AGAGAGAGAAAGUGCGUUAUCAACUGCUAAAAGCUGGACAGACGCGCACUGCGCGGACACGGAUAGAGGGACAGGGCGGAGGGUGUGAGGCGGGGGACGGAGACUCCCUCGUCGUCGGGUCGAAUGGCUGCGACGCGCCUCAGCUGAUCUGCUGCCAAACCAUCAUCCUGCGAAUGACGCUCAGCUAGUACCAUCAGAUUAUGCUGAAAAAUCUUAUAAGAGGAUUACUGCACCAAUAUGAUGGCGUCCAGUGUAAAUAUAAAGAUCUCAUUGUAACCUUAUGAAUGGACAUCAACUCAAUGUUGCAGCUUGCACCAUGAUCCACCGUAAUAUGCGAGCAGGUGGUUACGAUUUGCCUGGGGUUGAGUCAAGCGACAUUCCUCUCAUUGGCUACCGACCUUUAACGCCUGACAGCGUAACCCUGAGCAACCAAUCAGAGAGAAGCAGCGGCAGUGAUGAACUGAACAGUUCCCAGGCGGAACCCUCACCGAUGAAGACUACUUGGUACUGUCCUCUGGAUCUGUCCACUGUGGUAGAGGAAGAGGAGGAUGGCUUAAUCUACACUGUGGUAGUAAAACAGCCCACCAGUCCGACGUUAGUGGCUUCUCGCUCCCAGUGUGUGAAAGCAGGAACUGAGGAGAAACUGGUGCUCCAUCUCCUCCACUCCUUUACUAUGGGAGACUCCUCCUUCAUCACCAUCUUCUUCUCCACCUAUCGUUCCUUCACUUCCACUGAUCGAGUGCUGGACAUUCUGACAGACAGAUUGGAGCAUCCACCUGGGGACAGUGAGAAGAGUCCAAUGAGACAAUCUUUCAAUAAGGCGGUGUGCACGGUGUUCAGCACGUGGCUGUCAGAGUAUCCCGAGGACUUUAAGAGUCUGGGUGAGCCCUCACGCCUGCUGCGGCUCUCCCCACUUCUCCCACAGGACACCUCCUCCGCAGCCGACCUCUGUGCUCGUUUCCUCAGGAUAGCCGAGGAGCUCAGUGAGAAAUCCCUGCUCUCUGAUGCCUGCACAGAUAAGACUGGUCUCACCUGCUCUCCUGCUGACUCCUCCAACUUUCAACCAACCGGCAUUAUGGAAUUCCCUGCUGCCAUCAUUGCAGAGCAACUCACGAAGAUAGAGACGGAACUGUUUGUACGCCUGGUCCCGUACCACUGUCUCGGCUCAUUCUGGUCUCAGAGGGAUAAGAAAGGGAAAGAAGGUGUUUGCUGGUCUGUCCGGGCCACCAUACGCCAGUUUAACAAGCUGGCCAGUGUGGUUGUAGCAUCAUGUCUUUGGCCCACAAAGCUGCGCAGCCAGCAGAGAGCACGACUUCUGGAGAAAUGGAUCAGCGUAGCAGAGGAGUGUCGGGCCAGGAAGAACUUCUCGUCUCUGUAUGCCAUCGUGUCUGCCCUGCAGAGUAACCCUAUCCAUCGUCUGAGGCGGACCUGGCAGGACACUGACAGGGAGGCAGUGAAGCGAUAUGAAGAAUUGUCCAAAAUAUUUUCAGACAAAGACAACUAUUCACAGAGCAGGGAACUCUUGAAGGAGGAGGGCACAUCAAAGUUUGCCAACCUUGACAACAAACUGAACAUCAGGCAUCCUAAUAAGUCCUGUGCCCAGGGCACUGUGCCGUACCUGGGAAUCUUCCUAACAGACCUCACCAUGCUGGACACGGCAGUCAAAGACCGGCUGGAUAACGGCUACAUCAACUUUGACAAAAGAAGACGGGAAUUUGAAGUUCUAGCUCAAAUCCGGCUCCUGCAGUCUUCCUGUAGAAACUGUGUAUUCACUACUGACAAGGCCUUUGUGCAGUGGUAUCAGAGUGUGCCAAUGCUAACGGAGCAGCAAAGUUACAAAUUGUCCAAUGAAAUUGAACCCUGUGAACCGAGCCCCCGGGGCCUCACCCCAACAGUGAUCAUCACACAGUGUGCGGACUUGAGUGGAUCCAGGACAAGUCUGACCGGUGACACCGACAACCUUUUUGACUUCUCCUCCCCAGUCAAUAACCUGCUGUCAAAACUCACAAAGCACAUGAGAUCUCCAUCUGUGUCCUGUCUGGAUGUUGACAGCUCUCCUCCAACCAAUGACUCAACACCAGUUAUGUUGUCUCCAUCCACACCCAUAAAAUCACACCGACGAUCUGUCUCCUGUGGAAACAACCCCCCGAAUAGCUCAAAGGGUUCCAGUUCAGAUAUGCGAAUCAUCAGGAUAGGGAUGGACUUACAUGAUGGAAACCUGUACCGAAGCAUACUGGUUACGAGCAACGAUAAGACCCCGUCCGUGGUCAGUUCGGCUUUAGAAAAGCACAAUCAGGACCCCAAACAAGCGUCUAGAUAUGAGCUGAUCCAACUUUUGCCUGAAGGAAAAGAACUGGUCAUCCCUGCGACAGGAAAUGUCUUCUAUGCCAUGACAUCAUCGAGUGUUGACUUCCUACUGAGAAGGAAAGGCGGGAACACGCCACUAGGAUUGCAGUCAAUCAACACAGAGACAAGCGCCACUUUUCCUCGAAUCAAGGCCAAGGGAAGGAAACUGGUUCGGAAUUUGUUUUGACAUCAGAUUCGCCUCAGCAAACUUUUGCCUCCUCAUCUUAAAGCAGGGUGAUCUCUCCCAGACAGUAAUCUGACUUUUCUUCAAUAUCCACACUAAUGUCUUCUAACAAAAACAUGAAAACUGAAACAGUUUUCCUAAGACUCCAUAACGAGGUGAGGUCAACAUUUCGGAACACCUGCUGAGUACACUGCCUCCUGCUGACCAACAGUGACACUUCUGCUCUUCCUCAGCAGUAUGCAUUACUAAUUUAUACAAAGAAAAAGCAAUGCAAGCAUUUAUUUGACCUCUUGAGGAUUGUUGAGUUCCAAUCAUGUAGCGUUUGUCAUAUUUUUGCUCUCUUUUAUUCCAAGUCUAUUAAUAAGAUCAGCUUUAAUUUUGGAGCAGCUCCAAAGAAAUAAUUUUUCUUAAUUUACCUCCCUGAUAAGCAACAUACUGAAAUUGAAAAGAAAAUUUUCAUUUGCCAGAAUAUACUUGCUUGACGAUGUUCAGGGAUUCUGGACUGUGACUGAAAAAUCUGCCGUUUGUUAAAAGGCAUGACAGUUGCUACCAAACAGCAGACACCAGGAACAAACAUACAUUAAAAAGGGAUACAGUGCAGGUGUGUCACUGUCAUAAACCACUGGACAUGUUUUGCAUAUAAAUGUUUUAAAUGUCUGUAUGAUGUUAGGAUUGUGUUUACACUGAUGAGGAACUCUAGCUAAAAUUUUCACUUAAAGGACUCAUAUUGUGCAAAAAGGUCACUUCAUCCCAAUGUCUUUUUUUCUUAAAUACAAACUUACUAUCCAUUUUUAAAAGGUGCCUGAACUCAGAUUUUACACCUUAAUAUAGCAGUCAACAGCUAUUUUCUGUGUAAAAGAUUAGUGGCUUAAUUGCAUCCUGUGCAAACAAUGAAGUAACGCUCAUUCUGCACAAGAUUUUCCGUCACGUUUACUUUCACAUCUGGCCGCAUACACAUAUUUAGUGUGUAUGCCGUGUGUCCUUUUCAGCACAUGUGACUGCCUUUAUGAUGUGAAACCACUGUCACUCCCCAUGCUGAUAAAAAGACCAUUUAAUUUGUUUUCAAAUGGUGGAUCGGCACAACUUUACAGAUAAGUCCAAAAAAACAUCACAUUUCAAGGCUAAAAAUGCCUCUGGCGAAGAAGAUGGUCCGGCUAGAAUCCACAUAGUCUGGGUUUUCCCCACACAGAGAGCUGUUGGACAUGUUAAAAGACUCCAACUACUGUUUCUUCUGCUCGAUACAGAGGCAGGAUGUUUGAAGAGAAGUGACCACGGAGGUUAGCUUUGUUUAUGUCCUGAAAUUUGGGGCCAUAGUGCAACAUCUAGUGGCAGAAAAAAAAUAAAUUCAUAGCACCUUUAAGAAAUGGAUGCUGAAGAUAUGUGUAAUUAUAUGAGCGUUUUAAAACAUCAGAAUCAACAUACUGGCACAAUUCUUACAAAUCUAUUAUUGCUUGAAAUUUGUUUCAAGCAUUUCUCAAUCCAUUGUAAAUUUAAAGCUGCAUUAAUCAAUAUUAGUCAACUCUGAAUAAGAUUGAUUCAUUAAGAAACUCUCAUUGAUAUUGAUACAGAGCGAGAUAUUUCUCACAGGGAUUUUCACAGACUAACCUACAAUUGAAUUGUUAAUUGUGCAGCACAGUCUCAUUUGAGGGCGGCGCGAAAGGGUUCAAACAUGACGCAUAUCCUACAUCUGUGGAGAGCCCUUGUAUGUCCCUAUCAGAAAGAGUUUUUGAGCAAAUUACACAACAAACAAAGUAAAAAGAAAAAGUGAUGAUGCGGUGGAAAGCGGACAUGCUGCGGUUUGUUUAUGACCCAGAGCUCAAACACGUCGAGGCGGUUAUGCAGGCGAGAGACCGCAGCUACCCUGUCAAAGUGUGUAGGCUAAAACUUACUGACACGACAUCUCCUAUUUGCCUCGUCUUCCCUUCUCCACUGGAAACUGAAAAAAAACCUUUUCGCGACUGCUUCGGUGAUUGCAUCCGAAAACCAAACAGUACACCAUCUUUCCAUUAAAAGUGAUGCUGUGUUUGUGCUGUGCAAUGGCAGGCUGUCUCCGGAAGUGGUCAAAUCCCUGUGAAACCAAAAACAAAGAUGCUGUUCCUUUUAGCCAUAUUUGGAAUAGCUGUUUGCUAACAUGUCAGCCACAACUGUUAAAUGCUGUAGUCAGUUAUUACAUGGAGCUCAGGAUUUCUUAUUUUCAAAUCAAAAACACACAUGGGAUUCCGACUGAAACCUGUUUUAUUUUACAAACAGGUUUCAGUCGGAAUUCCAUGUCUGCUAACUACAACGUCUUAUAACUAUGUAGCUAACUAAAAAUAACAGCUGGCUUGGCUUCAGGUAUACAAGUUGUCUGACUCAUUAGCUAAAACUGCAGGAGGUUGUAAAUGAUGCAAAUCCAACUUCCAGCUAAUGAGUUCCACUCAUAAUAAAAUGUAGCUUUAUUACAGUCGCUGAAAGUAUCAGGCUACAAUUGCUUUAUUUUGGAGCCCGUUAUGAUUAUUGCAGCUUUAAAGGGACAGUCCUUUGAAAUUAUUCGACCUCUGUCCCCACAUCAGUCCUGUGGAAAUGUUUCUGUUUUGAAGCAGCUGAAACAAUAAAUGUGUCCCAUUUACAAAAGAAAAACAUAGCAAAACACAGUAUCAAAGAAACUAGGAUGCUGUUAUUUAGGCUACUUGAAGACAAAAACCUUAAAAACAACUUGGAGCACUUUGCCAGCUUAUGUCUUUGCUUAAAUUCGGCACUUACGACCAGAAUGUAUCAAUGAACCAAAGCCAUAGACUCUGUUGCAGAUACCGCCAUCUUUGUUGUGCGCGAUGCAUGCUGGGAAGGCAAGGGGGCAAACAACAAUGGCAACUCCAAACUUUCACUAUGUUUAUAUUGGAAUAACUGAAAGAAAUCUUUCAAAAAUAGUCACCUUUUCAAGAUGCUUCUCUCUGUUGGCAAAGGCUGUGCUUCUCCUCCUUUCACUUGGCAUUGGUGACGUUUACCUUCGUCAGCAGAGACUGUUCACAACUGCACGUCAGAUCAUAUUUAUUUCAGACUAAUCUAUCAUGGCAAUAUGUCUGCAGAAUGACUGCGUUCACAACUGAAUUGCAUCACUGUGAGUGGUGUUUUAAAGGCAAAC